CCGACCGACAGCAGACAGCAGAAGAAUUUCAUGCAACCACUACUAGCCCACACACGUCUUUUCUUUUCAAUUUCAUUGUUUUCUGUCGCAAAAUAUUAACGUAAUUUCACGCUGCAGUGAUUUUCAUCAAGCUCAAUCAAAACAUGUGUUAAAACUGGACAGUGUAAUAAAGUGCUCAAGAGUUCGCGGUGUUAAAAAACAUAUUUCCAGGCAUGGAGCCGUCACCGACGAAUGCCGACAUCUUACUAUCAAGAUUAUUAUGAAUUGAAACAGCGAGCCAUCGCUGUUAUGUCUACUCUUAAGGUUUAGUUUGUGAACACACCACAAUGGACACCCUGCACGUGGGCCACGGCCACAGCGUCGGCUCCAGCAGGAGCCAGUCCCCAUCCUGCACCGAGCUGGCCCAGCCCGCCGCUGAUUCCAUCAGGUCCCGCGUGCAGUCGCCCUCCGCCGCGAUCAGCGAGCCAUCAUCGAGCUCAUCAUCCCGUCAUGGCGACCGCGUCACGCACCACGUCAAGUCCCACUCACGGGACUUGGGCAGCAGUCCGCUGUCCCGGGACCUGGGCAGCAGUCCCGCCACCACCAGCGCGUCUAGAGAUCUAGAAGAUUCACCUCAAAAGAAGAUCAUAACUGGCAUCGUAGCGCCGGGCGAGUACGCAGCCGCGGUGUAUCACAGCCCUAACAACGCGUCGUACCUCUCAUCAGCUGACGAGUAUGGCUCACCAGCUUAUAGAGCAGCUGAUGGUGAUUACACAAACCAUGACGACAAUGAUGGCGCGAACACAACAUCGUCGAAAGCGCAAGCUGCCAUCAUGCAUCUACAGAGUAAAGUCGAGCGCACGAAGGAGCUCAUUCGACUGGAGCAGACGAUACGGGAUGACAACGUAAACGAGUACCUGAAAGUAGCGGCCAACGCGGACAAACAGCAACUUCCCCGCGUGAAGGCUGUCUUCGAGAAGAAGAACCAAAAGUCCGCGCUCUGCAUCGCGCAGCUCCAGAAGAAGCUAGAGGGAUACAACAAGAGGAUCAAGAACUGGGAGAUGGUGAUUUCGCAGCAACACGGGUCGAGCGGACAGGCGCACCGGCAGCCCAGAGAGGUGCUCAGCUAUAUGGGACAAGGGUUGAAGAGCGUCGGGGGAAACAUUCGCGAUGGCAUCACGGGUCUCGGCGGCAGCGUAAUGGCGGCUCCGAGAGAGUUCGCGCAUCUCUUCUCUCGCUCUAACCGCUUCGGCUCCGCGGACAACAUCUCACAGCUCGCCGCCCCUCCACACGCGGAACUGAGAGCGAACGCAUCGUCCGAAGGCUCGCGAGCGUCCGAGGCAGGCGAGGCCGCUCCGAGGGGGUCCACUUUACCCCGCGCCGCCACAUCUCCUGCCCCGAAGUUUUCCCCUGAAGCGUCGCCCAGUAGCAGCGUGACCAGUGAAGGAGCUGUAUAUCCGCAGCCGGGCUCCAACAACCUAUCAGAGGCGGCGCUCAGCAUCAAACCAAUACUCAGCGAGCUGGCCGCACGUCGGGAGGACUAUGAGAGGCUGGCAGAGAAACUCGACGCGCUUAAGAAUCUAUCACAAGAGGUGUCAGACCUUACCGAGCGGUUGCAGGAAGAAAGGUUCAAGACUGAGCGGUUAGAAGAGCAAAUCAACGAUCUCACUGAACUACAUCAGAACGAGGUUGAAAAUCUAAAGCAAGCGUUAACGGACGUAGAAGAGAAGGUGCAAUAUCAAAGCGAAGAGAGGAUACGGGAUAUACACGAGGCGCUCGAUCUCUGUCAAACUAAAAUUAGCAAAUUAGAACAAUGGAUGGCCGGCGGAGUCGCCGGGGGCGGCGGCGCGGGCGGGGACGCGGGCGUGGCUGCUCUCCCGCCGAGACUACUGCUGGUGAAGCUGCUGAAUGUGGCGCUCACGCUACUGCAGCUAGCGUUGUUGCUUAUGGCAACUAUUGCUGGUGUGGCCAUGCCCUUCCUGCGCACUAGAGUACGAGUCCUAACAACAAGCCUGGCCGUGAUGGUCGGCGUGAUGGUCCUGAAGCAGUGGCCCGAAGUCACUCAGCUGUCCGAGCACCUGGUGCGGCGGCUCAAGGAAUAUCUUCUCGACAAACACCAUGACAGGUAUGAAUGCAAUGCGUUAUGUGGUUAAGUAGACAUAAUUCGGCGCGAUUGGUGAAUUAGGUGAAAUAUUGCAAUUUAGUCCUGUUUAUUUUGUCAUGUUCUCGGCAAAAUAUAUGUAACAUGGACGAAAUUGUGUUGACAUACUUAUGAUAAGUUGAAAUUAACCCGGUUGUCUUUCAUGAGAAGUGAAGUUGACGAUUAUUUUGACAUAACAAUCAACUGAUGAACUCAAGUUCACUUUUCAUUUAUGACAAGUGUUAUAUCAAAAUGACAUUUGAAAUUAAAUAUUGAUAUUUUAUCAAUGAUGAAAAUGUUUUUGACAAUACCUGACAUGUUUGAUACUUUGUAAAGUAGAAUACAGGUGGAGUUAAUUCCAAUGUAUGGUUUUUUAUUAUUUUUAAUAAUACCACUUGUAUUUUAUUACUCAAACGUAUAUUUUUCGUAGUGGCGUGGCGUAUUCAAAUAAAUAUAAACUUUAUUUCGCACAGAACAAAGUUUAUUUUAUAUUUAUUCAACCACAGUAUACAACACAGAAGUUGUUGUAAAAUGCAAAUGAAUUAAUUUAUUAAGAGUUCAUUUUUUAAAUAUAGAAGUAAGAUAGCUAGCUAUCGUUGUCCUAUUUUGUCUGUAUGUUUGUCCCACGCUACUGAAGCUGUUUUAGUGUCAUGAAUGCUCAAAUAUACAUGAUGUUUUAGCCAAAAUGUACAGAGGCAUCUUAACACAUGAUACUAAUUCUUAAAGUUUUGGAAAAAAUUGUUGACACGUAAAUAUGUCAAACGCCUGGUGCUAACUUGCAAACAGUAGGUUGUUAUUUCAAUACAGGCGUCUAAGACAUUUUUCGUUGUCGGCUGUAGACCUAGGCAGUCAAGCAAUCUGCCUUGACAUAAGCUGAGGUUUCAUAGGUAGUGGUGGGGUCUCCUUUCGUAAGUCGUCUCGUUUCGUAGUCUGGAGGCGGUCACUAUGUGACACGGCACCUCUAUCUUAGGAAACCAUAGCUUAACAGUGAUAUUCAUAGCUGUAUGUUACUUUAGUUGCGAUUAGUAUAAUCAAUGUUUUGUAUAAGGGCUGGGCCCUACUAGGUCAGUGGUUGGUUGCUCGCUACCAACGUCUAGGAUUUUACUGAAAAUCUCGAAUUCAAACGACAUAUUUAUCACAAUUCUUUCUUCAUCGUAGGUGACGGAUAUUUUAUUUAUCUUUCAUAAUUUCCGGAAACUGCGUAUUAAAUAUCAAUUUAUUCAUCCGGGUUUUCGGAGAAACGAAUGUAGCACAUUGUAAAUACUUUUUUUAUGGGAAAGGUAAUUGCCAUCACAUUAGCUUAUAAAAUAUUGUGAAUAUUUUUUUUACGGAAGGCUUUAGGCGGUAGGCGUAGGCGUGUUACUCAUUUACAGUACUACCAUUUAUACGCUUUAACAAUAUCUGUUUAUUGAAUGGCAUAUAAUUAGAAUCGUGAGAUCUUCUAGAGGUAGAAAACAGUAAGGUAUGGUUACCAGUUCUUAAAGGCAUGUCAAAAGUUUUUGAAAAAUACAGUUGACAAUGCGAGUAAAUAGUAGUACUGUAAUCUUUGUAAUUUUUUAGCAACUGUGGAUGUUGUAGUCAAUUUUUAAUGUUAACAUGCAGAAUAACAUAUGUAUAUCUAGCGAAAUAUCCUAGCGCGGAGUGCGGGCGCUCGCUCGAAAUAGUAUUUUAGCGACUUCGGUUUUUUCUCUCCUUAUUGAUUAUUAAAGUGUCUUAAUAAACUGUUAGCAAUAAUAUUCUAGGAUAAAAACUGUAAGUCAUAUGGAACGCUUAGCGGCAUAUCAAAGAAUUAUAAAUGAUAUCUAAAAACCAUGUCUCUGAAGAGAUCAGAGGCCGCAGACAAGUGGCCAAUGAAAUGCUCCUUGGCGAACGAUAAAUAACUAACCCCGAUCGCUAUUCCGUAUUAAUGUUAUACAGAGAGUUGCGUAUCGUAUCGUCCGCCGCCGUAUAGCUUGGCCAAUUGUAAACGGGUUCAGUGCUCAGUCGUGUUGAUAACGUUCUUCAAGCAAGGACUUGUAGCAACUGUCCAGUACUUUAGCGGGCGAUUUUAGAAUAGUCCUGCGAGCGUCCGCACCCCGCGUUAUACUCGGUGAAUCUAGGAAAAUCUUUUUAUUAAUAAACUAAACAAUACUAUAAUUGAUAUUUUUAAAGCGAAUACAUUCCAAAUUUCUUACGGAAUAGCGAGUAUCAUAGCCAAUAUACUAACUAGAAUAGUCUAAUUCGCCGAGUCGACCAGUUGUUGCGAUGUACAAAGGUUUUGCAGUUGAUCGUUAAGUUCUCGAUGUAAUUAUGUACAUAUUAUUUACGUUUUGUUAUAAGUUUAUUUUUGUGACGUUUAUUGGCUCCUCGCAUGUUGUUGACAAAUGUAAAUGUUGUGCAUACGAAUGAAAUGGCAAAUAAAUUAUUAUAAUAUUCAAACAUUGUUGGAUUCAUUAUCGCGUUGUGAGAUUGGACAUUAAGGUAACCUAUUAUUGCAAUGUGUUAUAAUAUAAGCAAUACUAUUGAAUGGUUUAAACAAUUACUAUUUCAAACAUUUUAUUUAUUCACUUUAUUUUAAAUUCUGUGAACUAAGAGAGGUUUGACAUGUUGAGUUGAGACACAUGCAUACAACUGUUUUUAACUUAACCGUAUUUUUACUUUGUCUAAGUCGAAAACGAGAUUAGAGUUCCUAGUUUUGUUAACGAAGAUUUAACAUAACAACGCUAUACGUCAAAUAAAUUAUAACGAUUAUAGUACCCUAGCUAGUUUGAUAGAGUAUUUAGACUUAAAAUCUUCGUUAGCUAAACUCUAAAAUAUUAUAUCAGAUUGAAUGAAUGAUAUUAUUUAUUGGCGAUUUUUAUUUAUUUUAAUUUUUAAACAUUGUAAAAGCAGAGAGUGGACAGUUAUAGGCGACUAAUUUUAAUAAAGCUUGGCUAUUACAACUAAAAUUGCAAAUAAACAGACAUGUUUGAAUCUCUUUAAAAGUGGCAGUAAUUUCGCUCUAAUAUAACUUUCUACUCUCUGAUAAGUCAGUGGGCCUACUGCAAAAAUCUAAAUUGUUUAUCUGCACAUGCGAGGUAGAUACCUCAGAGCAUAUAGGUAAUACUAGAGAACGGAGUGUAUCAGUUGUUAGCUCACUGAGAGUUGUGUGCGUGCGUGAUGACACGACUCGCUGGUCGUUCGCAUGUAAUGUACACAGACAUGGAAAUGAUGCGCGUAUGUUGCGCAAUAGCCCAAUAGAAGCGCCCAUCUACUAGUAUGUGUGUGUGUGUUGGUUCGCGAACUUGCGACAGGCGUAUUCAAAUGGCCCGGCAUGGCCGAUCACCUUCCUUCCAUCUGUGGUAUCUACUUACUUUUGCAUAUUUUGAGACAGAACAAUGAAAAUUUCAUUUUCGCGGUAGGCCCGUAGCUCUUCGUUGUAUCACAUUGGUUUUAUUGUUUGAUUCUCGAGCCUAUCGAAGUGUCUGAAAUUGUACAUGUGUAUUAAAUGAGAGUAAUAUGUUGUACAUUUUGUUGCCGGCUAUGGAUUGAUUAUUUAAUUAAAUCAUCACAAACUAUUAAA